GAGCCUCCUAUCAUGGAAUCAUGGGCAAGGGCGGUGAGUGUGGUGAGUUCUUCCCAAGAGAGCAUUGAUCAGCUGACUGAAUCACAUGUCAGCGUCAGCGACUCAGAAGAGAUGGCCCAGGGCUGUGCAUUCUGGUCGCCCAUGCUCAAGAGGCACACAGGGGAGCUGACAGUUCCCCAGCGCACCAGCCCAAUCUCCUUGAUCAGUGGCUGCACGGGAAGCUGUGCAGAGGGCGCUGUGUUGAAGGAGGACCUGUUCGAAAUGUUGGAGAAAGUUGAGCCUGUCAAUGCAGUCAUGGAGCAAACGGAAGGGUUUGAGAAACCACUAGAAGUUCACUCUGAUGAGACACCGCUUUCCAGGUUUUUGCAGGGUUUGGAACGCUUGAAGCUGAGACAUGGUUACUACGUGGUCGUCUUGAAACUUGACAUGAAGCUGUGGCUUCGAAUUUUGCGCCCGAGGUUCCUACAGUAUGUUGCCAAAUUGAUAGAAUCCAAGGAAUACAAGGGUUUGGUCAUCACGAAAAGGUACUGCAGUUUCGAAGCAGCUGUUCCGAAACCACUUCCAGUUCAGGAUGGCACGGGUUUAGAAGCUUGGUCUGCUAUCCGGAAACGGCAUGGAUCGUCUCAAGCACAGGCAGAUGCCAGCGAAGUUGAUGGGUUGCCUUUGGUGGAUAUUGGUGAACAAGACGCGAAGCAUGAAGCGCAAGUAGAUGAAAACAUGUCAUGGGCUGAUUUGAACAGGGCCACCAAAAGGAAAGCGGCAUUGUACAUUUCUUGUGGGCCAGGGCCAUUGAUAGCCAUGUUGCAGUGGGUCCUCUACCCCAUCCAGAGAGUUCGAAAGUUGAGAAAGGGAAAGGCUUUGAACAAGGGUCGGGGAGGACAUGGAGGCACCUGGCGUGCUUUUCUUCACAAGAAAUACACAGGAACUACAACUGCUGGCGAAAAGAGCCAAUUUGACUUUAGUAGGUCUAGUGCUGAAUAUCAAGCUAUCAAACGUCAAAAAGGUGAAGAAUGGCAAGCGUUGGUUUCUUUGGGGCAACUGACCACCGAAGCCGGCCGUAGAAGAAUUGAUGCAUUCGAGCCCCACAGACAUGCAUUGAACACUUUGAGGGAUGAGUCACGCAACGCUCUUUCAGUUUCUACACCAGGGGCCGCAUCGCAGCAAGUGGAUGAGCUGGGCGCUUUGGUCAAAGCAGCCCAGAAGCAGUGGAGGUUUGAUUCCGCUGUCAGCAGAAAACAAGAUGAAGGCAAGGUCAGAGAAGUACAGGCCAGCAUGCUUUCCAGUGCCAGCAAAACCAACUCAGACAUUUCUCAUGCCUGGGGCAUUGAAACUGGUGACCAAAGUUGUACAUUGCUUUCACCUGGGUCAGGGAAACUUCCUGAUGUCAUUACAUUGCAAGUACCGGCAGCACGUGCGGUAGAGGAUUGUGGUUCACUGGAAGGAAAUUUUCAAGCCCACGUCUUCUUGCUUCAGUGGAUUUGGACAGGGUCUCCUUGGGGCUUUGGACAAGCAGUGGGAACAGCGCUGCUCUAUGUGAGUUUCCUGCAGUGGAAGAUGUUUCGUCCAGCAGUGCCGUUGGUUCUCAGCAGAAUGGGUGGUUUGCUGCAGUCUGCCGAAAAGCUCAAGAAUUUCAGUGUCAGGAUGAAAUCCAAGGCAGGAGCCACAGCAGACCCUCCUCCCUCAAAGGAAGUUGCCAAACAUCCGGCACCAGUGGCUGCCAGAGCCAAAGCAGAGCCUUCGUCGUCUUCCUCUGGUCUCAGUCCUCCGGUCUUAGCCAAAGCAUCCAUGCCCAAAAAGGUUCUUGCUGCAAAGGUGAGAACUGGAACUGAGAUUAAGUUUGACUUGAUCUAUCUGAACUUUUUCCGGAAAGACAAGUACGAACAGGCCGAUGUGGCAAGGUUCAGAGAGAUUGCACAGGUGAUCAUUGAUCGGCAAACGAGAUUUGGCCCAGCUGCUUUGAAGGAGGUGCUGGCCCAGAAAGGUACCCCACUUUUCAAAGAGAUCUCAGCAGAUUUCAAGAAAGUGGAUGUGGAUGUGUUUUGGCACCCUCCAUCCCACCCACAGCUGUCCUACCCAGGUCCUAGGUUAGUUCACCCCAAAGAGAUGUUGUGGCUUCAGGGCCACAAUCCACAUUCGACGAACUUCCCUUCGAACAUGAAAGUGGAGCAGAUUAGAAAGCUCGCAGGGGAGGGUAUGGCCUUGCCCUGUCUUGGGGUGUGCAUUUGGGCACAGCCUGCCCUAAGAAUGUUACUUGCCCAGGCGAAAAAGAAACCCACGGUCCAUGCCAAGCAGAAGGCGGCUGUUAAGUCAGCUCCUGUGAAAAAGGAAGCUUCCGCCGCAGUGAAAUCUGAGCCGGGGGUAGCAGAGCUUUCCACAACAGCUUCAGUGCCGCCAGCAGCGGCCAAGGCAAAUGCCAAGGCCAAGGCCAAAGCUGGCAAAGCCUCCAAAGGAGGAACGUCCGGGAAAGGGAAGGUUCCGGUGAAGAAGGAGAAUUUGAAGAGCAAGAGGGGAAGUCCUCCUUCUUGGUCACCUUGCCCUGUUUGCUUGCGAAAACCGGAGGAGGCCCGGUGGGGUUCUCAAGACUCUCGCGGCCGUCCAAUUGGGUCUGGCUGCUUCGACUGUUUGAGUACUACUACAGAAGGGUUUCCCAAGCUUACGUUCCAGGAAGUGUCAACCAUGUACCAUGAUGCUCAGAAAUUCCCGGGCUUCAAGGAGGGCUUUGAUGGAGCUCGAACAAUCAAGAUGCAAAUCAAUGCCGGUGAGGCCCCCAAUGUUUUCUCACCACCAACUGAUGUUGGUCACCGCCAGAUCCGGGCUGUGACUGCUUCUCAAGAAUACGGGUUUGUUACCGAAGCUGAUUUGACCAGGCUGUUUCGUGUUGGAUCUUCAGCCUUGAAAAUGGGCAAGGGAGUUCGUAUCCAGAUUGAAGAUGGUUCCUAUCUUUCUGGCUGGCUUUUGAAGUUGCGGGGGAUGCCAGCUAGUGAACUGGCCUCUCUACGAAAGGUUCGGUUAGAAGUCCGCCAGGAGGUUGAAUUGACAGAGUCCCUCCUAGCAGCAGGGAAUCAGAUUCGCAAGGAGCAGCCACAGGAGCUUUUUGACCUUGCAGCAGAGAAGCAGGAGGCACGUGCUUCUGGAGGAGCUCUUUCCACCAAGUCCCUUCAAAAGCUACAUACUCUGGAGUCGUUGCAAGAGAGGGCAACAGCAGUCCUUCAGGACCGUGACAUGCAGGUUCAGGACCUGGACGAUGAUGAUGGCUUUGGUGGGGAGGAAUGCAAGGAGGAAGAGAAUGAGGAGAACGACCCCUUAGUCGAUCCUAGUGAUGUCUCUGUCUCAGUCUUUCAGCCCGCUCCUGCUCUCGCCCUUGGUUCUUUGGGGGAGGUUGCGGCCCCCAAGAAAACCAUUCGCAAGAGGAAGCAAGCGAGUGAGGUGGAGGACUUAGACGCAGAGGACGCCUUGAACAUUGAUGGGCAAGCAGCAUCACCAGACCAAGCUGAUCCCCAGAUCAUGGCAGUCAAGCGAUUGAGGCUGCUGGUGAAAGAUCUCGGCUGCGUGCCACCAUGUUUUUGGGGUCUGGUGCCUGAGCGCAUUCUCGCGGGCGAAAAGAAUGGACACCAGCUUCGAGGGGCAAGAGUGCUAGCAAAGAGUUUGGAGGACGACGGCAAGAAGGAGUCAAGUCGUUUGAAUCAGCAGAUCGCAAUCGCCGAGCACUGUGGUGCAUUGCUGGGUGGAGCGAUUCUCAAGAGGAUGCCCCGGCAUGAACUUGCAGCUCAUCUUCAAGCCAUCAAAGAGGAUGAGAUCAAACUCCCACUUAGCAUCCGGUGCAAGCUACUUCUGCGCAGAACGAAUGAUUUGGCUCUUGAUCUCACCACCUCCAGCCCCGAAAACAGUGAGAAGGCAGCCCACAUGCUUGCUCGUGUUUUGCGUGCAUGGGCAAGUCCAGAUCAGGAGUGUGACGAUACCCAGGUUCAAUUCAACAAUGUUUGGGCAGCGGAAGUGGCAAGUGUCAACAACCAGGUCAUGAAGGGCGACAUUAGUGAAGCUCAGAAAGAGGAAGAGUUGGAGAAGAUUGCCGGGGACCGUUUGGGGUUGGGAGGGGACUUGGCCUCUUGCUUGGAGAAAGCCUUUGGGUGUGAUGCCUUGCUGGCGCUGCUGACCCAUGUGAAGGAGCAUCGUCAGAAGCUCAUCCUCCUGAUGAGCACACUGAUCGCCGCAAUUGAUGCUCCUGACUGCACAGAUGUGAUGGAUGACUUCCCAUCCAAUUUCAAGGAUGAAGUUGAGCGCAUGCAGAAGGUGUGCCUGGCCAUCACCUGCUUGGCUUCGCCAAUUCCGGGAUUUCUGGAUUCAAGCCCGGCUGAUGUUGAAUGGGUUCUCAAGUACAAAGGUGACAAUUCGAUGGUCACUUACGUGCGAGAUGCCUUCAAAGAUUCAGAGGCUUGGACCAAACUCAAUGAUGAGCUCCUUGCAAAGCAUUCUUCAGCUUUGCUCGUCUGGCAAAAGGUUCAAGACUGCGUCCUGGCUCUGAAGAAGAGGCCUGUGGAGAAGGAGGUCAUCAUGAUGGCCAGUGAGAAUCUCUCGAGUUGGAAGAAGGCAACAAGAGUCGGUAGCCUCGACGGGCUUGAGUCGGAGCUUUGUAGUCAGCUCACCAAACUUCAAAGCAAAGUUGGCCAAGAUCUUUUGCUCAAGGAUUUGAAAACCCUCCUCGACAAGCUUUUGCAGCAAUGCAAGACAGUUUCUGGAUUGCAAGGAGAUGACAAGGAGAAGUUCGGGGCCGCGGUUUUCUGGCACUUCAGACCUUUGAUUUUCAAGCUCAGGGCAAGCGAGAUCCCAGUUGACGUUACGGCGUGGUACAAGAAGCUUGUCCUUCUGAUCGGGUACAUGGCGGAUGGAGAGGUGAAGACAUCGUUGCUGAGCCAAGUUGAAGCUUUCAAGCUUUGCAUGGAUGUUUUGAAGGGCAUUGGCGAGAUGGAAGCUGGCCCUGCGACCGACUUUGGCCUCCUCGAACAGCGUUUGGAGCGAGUGCUGAUCGCGCUCCGCAAAUUGAGCAGGCAGACCACACAGGUCUCCAAAGACAUCCAGAAGAUUAAGGAUGACUAUGUUACCUUGACUGCUGGUGUCUUCCCUGUGGGACUGAACAUGGUGGACAUCAGCCUCGAGAACCUGCUGAUGUCUGUGUCCGAGAAUGAGCCUUUGACCAAGAUUGUCACUUCGGUCGUGUCCAAUCAUCUCAUUGACUUGGACAAAGUCGCUCAGACUUUUGGCAAGGUGACCCAGAAUCAGCACACAGCAGAUGGCAGUUGGAAGAAGGACCUCAAAGAAGGAAUGACUCUCCAAGCUCUCUUGGAGUUUGCCCAGGAGAAACUUUCAAAGAUUCCCGAUGCUGGCGAAAUCGAACCUUCCAAGAAUCAGUACGACCAGGCGAUCCGGAAAGCGAAGUCUUUUGCGAACAAAGUGUUGGGAAGCUUUGAGGUCAAGGGCCUCACAGAGAGAAUCAAGGCAGCUACUGAGGACUACAACAGGGGCGCUGCUUUCUACACUGAAGGUCUCAUCGAGGCUGAUGCAGCUGAAAAUGAAGAGGCCGAUGGCGAUCCCAUCCUGCAGGAGGUUGAAGCUUUUCUUGCAGAACAUGACUCACUGUCUGGCAAGGGCAAAGGACGUGGAUCUGGCUCUGCAAAGUCAGCUGAUACAGGUGCGGCUCUGGUGGAACCUUUUCGUGAAGAUUUUGUUGCUGCUGUGAGCAUUUGUCCAUCAACUGAUCUGACCAGCAGUGCCCUAAUGCUGCUUCGUCAACGACGAGCUGAACGUUCCAAAGUCCUUCCUGAUGCCAAAGUAUGUCCUGAUGAUGGUGAUCCUCUUUCAAAUGCCUUGACCAUGUCCCCUGUGUCUCCCGAGGCCGAUGCCGCUGAUGAGUUUGAAGAAGUCAUGAUGAACCAGAGUGCUCUGCCUGCCUCGUCAGAGGUCCCAUCCGACUGCAGUGAUGCGAACGGUGAGAUAGCGGUCGAGCCUGAAAAGAUGAUCACCACUGAGGCCUUGCCUGUGCACUGCGUGCGCCAAUUAGAGUCUCAGGAAGUUCUUGCCGCAAAGCCUGAUUUGUCUUCCGAGAAGACGGAUGCCGAGCUUCUCAAAGUGUUGGACAAAGUGCACCGCAAUCUAGCUCCAUCAGCGUCAGCCCAGAGUUCAAAUGUGGUUGAGCCACCAGUGCCCAGCACCAUCAGUGAAGCAUCUGUUCCAGCUCAGCCCGAACCCAGUGCCAGUGAAAUGCCUGAUAAAUCACCACAGGAGGAUGAAAAUGAAAUAGCUGAACAAUCAUCCAGUGCUAGCGCUGAUUCUAGCUAUGGUCCUCUUCGAAGGGUUCGAUUGAAAGCUGGCCCACCGGCACUGUAUCGGCCACCGUCCAUGAAGGAAGCCGAUUUUGCUGAGAUCAUGCGUGAAAUUGUGCCCAAGUUGGUAGAACGUGCUAUCGUAGCUGAAACUCAUGAUGAAUCCAUGCACACCAAGCGACAGCUUGAAGAUGCCGAUGUGUCCGAACAGCCUGCCAGUCAGAAGCCCCGUGUCGAAGAACACGAGACCCUGUCUGUCGAGAUGGCUUCCUCGUCAGCGCCCUUGACUGCCGCUGAAUCUCAGCAGUUGCAGAAGUUGCUGGCGAAGGCCAAGUCGGCUGCCUUGCCCUCUGGCAGCACUUUGAGCUUUCCACGUGUUGAGCCGACCUAUGAUCCAGCCACUGGAUUGGUGUGCCACCAUGAGUUUGGCCUGUGUGAGAAUGUUUGGGAUGCCGCUGAGCUCUGGGAGGAGUCAGAGCCUGAGAUCUAUGGAGCCAUGAGUGAUGCUGCCAAACGCCGUGAAGCUGAUGAGCGCCCUCCGGCUGAGCAUCACCCCAAGCGAGUCACCAUGGCCACCGGCCGCAACUCUACCGGAGAGUCUGUGAUGUAUGCCCCCACCAGGGUUGCUAUGCCAUAUCCCUCCGGCACCACGGAGGACCAGUUGCCAGUGCAUCACUUGCCGGCGUUUCCUGACGGCAUCUCCGAUGUGGAGACCUGGGGUCGCACCAUGAUUGCGUUCGGGAUGUUUGACAAGACCAAGACCUCCUAUAUGGCUCUGGUGACGUCAUCGGAUGAGCGCAAGAUUUCUUAUGUGAAGUGGUGCCGAUCUCGCAAGAAUGCCAAGGGACAGCUUAAGGAUCUUUGUGAUUUUCUCAUGCACUACUUUGCUGAUGAGUCUGGAAACCAAACUGGCAUGAUGAUUCCGGGCACCAAUCAGACCCGAGUGUUGCGAGAGAAAAGGGAAGCCGCCCGUAUGUUGGACACUGGGUUGUCCAAAG